AUCAGAUGUGUCCAAUCACAGCCGAUCACAUGGGACAUGUACACUGAUCAUCAGUGUGCCCCGAUGAUCAAUGUAGCCCCAUCAGUGCCACCUGUCAGUGUCCAUCAACACCAGCUGUCAGUGCUCAUCAAUGCCACCUGCCAGUGCCUAAUCAAUUCCACAUCAGUGUUUACCAGUGCACAUCAAUGCCACAUAGUGCCCAUCUGAGCUGCCUUUCAGUGCCACCUAUUAGUGCCAGUCAGUGCUGCCUAUCAGUGCUAUAUGAGUG